UCUUGGAACUGGUGGUGUUCUCCCUUCCUCUUGCCUUCUCGUGAUUCAGCUUCCCCACGCUGGGAGCCGAGGACAAGCCUCGCUGUGUGAGAUGGCUGCCGGCAGCUGCCUCCUUCUCAUCCUUCUGCCCUUGCUGGUCACAGCCUCGCACAGCCCUCCUGGCUGUAAAAUCCGGAUUACUUCCAAGGGGCUGGACCUGGUGAAGCAGGAGGGGCUGCGCUUUGUGGAGCAGGAGCUGCACAACAUCACGGUGUCGGACCUACAUGGCAAUGAGGGGCAGUUCCACUACAACAUCAGCCAGGUCAAGGUGACAGACCUGCAGCUGGCCUUUUCAGACCUGAACUUCCAGCCCCAGCAGCACCUUGUCUUCAACAUCAACAAUGCUUCCAUUAGCCUGCGCUUCCGCAGGCAGCUGCUCUACUGGUUCUUCUAUGACAUUGGGUCUAUCAAUGCUUCUGCGGAUGGUGUCCACAUCUACACAGUGCUGCAGUUGGCCAAGGAUGAGGCUGGACGCCUCAAGAUCUCCAAUAUGACCUGCAAUGCCUCUAUAGCCAGAAUGCAUGCUGGCUUCUCCGGUACACUCAGGAAGGUCUAUGAGUUCCUGAGCACCUUUAUCAUCACAGGGAUGCGCUUCCUCCUCAGCCAGCAGAUCUGCCCAUCCCUGGAGCAUGCCAGCCUGGUGCUGCUCAACUCUUUGCUGGACACAGUGCCUGUGAGGAACUACGUGGAUGAGCAUAUCGGGAUUGACUACUCCCUCCUACGGGAUCCAUCCAUCUCCACUGACACCCUUGACCUCGACUUCAAGGGCAUGUUCUUCCCCCGGGUGAGAGAAGACCAGGAACUGGAGAAUCACGCAGUGGAGCCGGUGAUCAAGGAGACUGAACGCAUGGUUUACGUUGCCUUUUCUGAGUACUUCUUCGACUCAGCCAUGCACUCGUACUUCCAGGCAGGAGUGCUGACCAUAGAGCUCCAGGGGGAGAAGAUACCCAAGGACCUGGAGGUUUUGCUGAGAGCCACGUUCUUUGGGACCAUCUUCAUGCUGAGCCCUUCUGUGGAUGCUCCGCUGCAGCUCGUGCUGCAGGUCUCUGCUCCUCCCCGUUGUAUCAUCAAACCCUCGGGGACCUCAGUCUCUGUCUCUGCUUUCCUGAACAUCUCACUGGUGCCCCCGGACCGCCCACCUGUCCAGCUCUCCAGCAUGGCCAUGGAAACCAAACUGAGUGCCAAGGUGUUCCUGCAAGGGAAGGCGCUGCGUGUGCAGCUGGACCUACGACGGUUUCGCAUCUAUUCCAAGCAGUCAGCGCUGGAGUCACUCGCGCUGUUCUCACUGCAAGCCCCACUGAAGACCCUUCUGCAGCUGACUAUCAUGCCCAUUAUUAAUGAGAGGACAAAAAAGGGAGUGCAGAUCCCACUGCCUGAAGGCAUGGACUUCACCAGGGAGGUGGUCACCAAUCAUGCGGGAUUCCUCACAGUGGGAGCUGAUCUCCACUUCUCCAAGGGUCUGCGAGAGGUGAUUGAGAAAUACCGCCCAGUGCCAACUGCAACUGCCUACUCCAGCUCCCAGCCUGCAGAGCCCAGCCUGGACCCCAGCUCACUCUAG